GUGUGUGUGAUUCAAGCGCGAGCAACGGCUCUGGGCGCGAGGAGAGGACGGAGGAGCAUUCUUGCGCAUGCGCAAUGCUUGAGCGGGAAGGUGAGAUUCAAGGCGCGAGGAGACUCGGGAGAGGAGAGGACUGUUAAACCAGCAUCGCGGUGGUAAAAAAUGUCAAAAUAUAGGUUUGCCCUUGUUAGUUGGGCCGAAGGACCCGACAAGGACCAAACCAGCAUAAUUCCAAUCAGUUGGAUAAUCGAUUUCGACCCAGCUGAUACUGACAAGAAAUAUUUUGUUGAAUGCCGUUCAACAAAUCAGAAGAAGCCUGCGUCUGGAUGGCCCGUCGAACACGCGGUUGUUCUUCAGCUAGCAGAAAAAGAGGCUACACUCAGAGCGGCUGAGCGGGAACUAUAUCCAGAGGACAUGGCGGGCAAGAGGGUAAGGAAAGCCAAAUGCCUAGACUUUGGUGAGGAAGAUACCACCAGUACUGGCAACAAAGCCUCUGGCUCUGGAAAUCCUAAACAGAAAAAGGCCAAGGUUGCUGCACAAAGACGGGCGGAGGAGGAAUUACUGUCUGAGGACAGAGCAGAAUUGUCAAGCCAGGAAAGUGACCUUACCAGAGACCUGCAGAGCCAGAUCAAGGCUCUACAAAAAGAAAAUGCCAAACUGCGGAACAUGGUAGUUAAAGAAAUUCCAGGGUUGUUGGUGGGCGUGAGAAAGCUUGUCUCCAUCAACAACCCCACCACCAAAGAUGUUGUCGACCCUGAUGCUGAGAGUGACGGCCCAGGUGAAACGUCACUUUACACACCUUGCAGACCUUCACAAUUUCUGCUGUCUCCCGUUUUCCUGGGUUCCAGUUUCCUGCCACUGUUUUGGAUAUUUUGGAUAUUGCACCCACAAUGUCUUGACUCUUCUGUUGUUUAUUUGUUCCUAAUAAACUGUUUAACUGCACUUGCAAGUGAAUCUCAAGUUAUUUUAUGUGAUAGUUAUAUGUAUACACAUUUCUUUUUCCCUCACAUUCUUUCUUGUAACUCUUCUCUCUCAGUCACACACCUGACUGAAUGGCUCAUUAUGGAGCUCAUUAUGCGGGCCUUUGUCUUCUCAGGUGUGAGUCACGCCCUCUCGCAUAGAGCCUUUCCACUCAAAAAGUGACUUAGAAAAUUUUAAUCAAUAUAUUGUUUUCUCUGAAUGAGUGAGUUAGAUUAUUUUCAGAUCAUUUUGAAGCAAAUAUUCUAGGCUACAAGAUCCAGUUCUCAAAAGUCUUGUGAACAAAUAUUUUGUAUGUGUUUUAUGGCCUUAUUUCAGUUACUUUUAAAAUUUUUGUUUUUUUCAAACCACACAUAAACGUUGUUUUCUCAAAAACACAAUCACGUACAUGCUGGUCACAUAUUAUUGUAGCCCAGUUUGUGCUGAAUACAGUGUUUUUAGACUUUAGCCAUUAAAAUGUUUAUAAGCAACUGAAAAAAGCACAAAUGUCAGGGCAUGUCAAAACUUCUCCGGGGCCCCAAAACACCCUCAGACCCCAGAGGGUUAAGUGAUUGAUGGAUGUUCAGGUCUAUGCAAUAAAACUUGGGAUUUCACAUUCUCAUUCUCUAAACUCAUCCUUUCUCUCUUUCUGCAACGUGUGAAUGCGUGUGUUCAUGUGUUAGAUUAGUUUAUGUCUUAGGUUUAUAUAAAUAAAGUCUUAUUUAUAUUGAAAAGAGAAGUAUCUUGUGUUUUGUGCUUAUAAGUUAAUGUCUUAAUCUGCCGAUCUUGUCACUGUGCUUAUUAAUAGUGUUUUCACUAUAUUUUGGAUUUGAAUAUCCAGUGCAGAAUUAAUGUAAUACGGCUCGUUCAGUGAAUCGCUGCCGACUCAGUGAUUAGCCGCGAAACAGUGAUUCUGUUCAAAUUCCCUAUAAAAUCAUAAAUGAUUCCCUUUGAGCUAAAUUAAAUUAUUUACAUAUUAAACCCUACAUAGGCUACUUAGCGUGUCCCAGAAUUGAAAGCGCCGGGACAUGUAAACACCAUAUCGGAUUAGAUAACGCCUCAUGUAAACAGUCCACGAAUCUUUCAAUUGGAAUGAUUUUAAUCGAAUGACAAAAAAGUGUACAUGUAAACGUGGCUAGUGAUUAAUAACCCAUUCAUAACUACAGCAUGUUGCUUCCUUACUGAAUGAAUGAAUGAAGGAAUGGCGUGACGCCUGGCUCAUUAAGACAGUGACUUGCUGCCACCUAUUGGUGGUUUUAUUUUUAAAUCUACAAAUAAAUUUGAUCACAAAGCUGACAGAGUAAAUAUUAAUUUAAAAAACUAGACCUAUAUCACUCAUAAUAUUCCCAUUCACAGUAAUCCACAUUUUCUCGUUUUAUUUAUUUUAUGGCAUAAUGCAGACCUCUUUAAAUGUAUAAUAAUGUAAAAUACUGGCGAGUGCUGUACAGUAAAGAGUAAACACACUUCAAGCACUGCCUUCACUGUAAUAGUUCACUGUAACAGCAGUCAAACAUCUGGAAAAUUAAGCAUUUAUGAUCAAUAAUUACUGAAGAUUAAAGGUUAUAAUGAUAUAUUAUUAUUACUAUUAAUAUUACCAGUAAUGUAUAGUGAAAAUGUCUGAAUUGCAGCUUCACUGAUCAAUGGUGUCGACCGUCCCUUUGCUCCACCUGCUGCUGAUUUAAUGAACGAGUUUCUCAUGUGACUGGGUUGUGUUUACCGCGGUGAUAGCAGACAUUUUACUCCACUAUCUACUGUAUUAAGAAUGUCUCGGGUUACUCGCGUAACCCUUGUUCUCUGAAUAGGGAACGAGACGCUGCGCAGCUAAGACGCUUUGGGAACGCCUUCUGGGUGUGCCGAUUGUCUGAAGCCCUUAUAGAAUCACGCCAAUUCAUUGGCUGAUGGAGCGGAUGCCGUCCUCGACCUCCUUACGUCACCAUCCUUAUACUGGCGAAUGCGCCAUCUGCUCCUCAGAUUUCUCUGCUGAAAAGGCCUCUGUCUGCAGCGUGAGGAGCUUGGCAGCAAACGCAGCGUCUCGUUCCCUAUUCAGAGAACAAGGGUUACGCAAGUAACCCGAGACGUUCUCUUUCAUAGGUUCCCUCAACGCUGCGUAGCUAAGACGCUUUGGGAACGAUAUACCAAACAGGCCAAGCUAAAAAAUGCUGCCCUACCCGAUUACGAACCAGACAGCAUACACAGCUGGUUCAAGCAGAUAAAACCUGGGAACCCGGAGCCGUGUCAAGAUCCAAGUUAUAGAACCUGAUAAAAGUGUGCGGAGAGGACCAUCCUGCCGCUACACAAAAAUCCUCUAAAAAGUUAGCUUGAGAGGGUGCCACGCUCCUAGUAAGCCAGCGAAAUAGCUUCCCUCAGCCUCUGGAGGAAGCGUGUAUCAAGGGAGUUUCUGCCCACUGACUGGCCACCAAGAGGGGAGCAGUAAGCCAAUAACGCCACCACGUAGACCUUCAGGGUGGAGUAGGUUAACUCUGCGGAGGAACGGGCCUGCAAGAACUUCAGAACUGUACAAAUCGGGCAGUUGACUGGGUCGGGCUGGUGACCUCCGCACCAUGAAGUGACACUUCUACUUCAGGGCGUACAGUCUCCUCAUGCUCCAGUGAGUGGAGGCCUCGAAAACUCUCUGUAGCGAGAGGAGGCCUGACGACACUCGCCGAAACAGUCGAGCUCUUGGAGCGGAGGCCUCAACAUGACGACUCUCUAUAUCGAGAGGAGGCCUACUAUACUCCACCCACUGGGCAUCCUGUGAUGAGGUUACCUACCACUCGCAUAACUGCCCCCAUAACUGCCCCAGCAGAGCUCUGGCAAGCGGAGGCCUCUAAAACUCUCUGUAGCGAGAGGAGGCCUGACGACACUCGCCAAGACAGCCGAGCUCGAUUGAGAGGAGGCCUACUAUACUCCAUACACUGGACAUACUGUGAGGAGGUUACCUACCACUCACGUAACUGCCCCAGCAGAGCUUUGGCGCUCUGGAGGAAACAUGUAACAAAGGGAUCAUCACCUUUGAUCUUCAUUUUAAUGUACAGUGUGGUUUCUCUGAUGCUCUCUGAGCUGUUCUCUGUGUGUGUCAGCAGAUCCUGUAAGAGUCUCUGAUUGGACUCCAGUGAGACGCCCAGCAGGAACCGCAGGAACAGAUCCAGACGUCCAUUCUCACUCUCAAGGACGUUAUGUACUGCUGAUGUUAGUAGAUCAUACAGAGAGACUUUAAGACUGUAAGAUCUGAAUUCAUGCAGAAAAAACUGCAGUGGCUCCUCGUUCUUUAUUAAAUAACAGUAAAACACAUAGAAAGCAGCGAGAAACUCCUGAACGCUCAGAUGAAUGAAGCUGUAGACUGUCCUCUGAUG